AUGUUGCUGGUAGUUUUCUACUUUGUGCUGAGUGCUCUUGCGGGAGCAUGUACUGUUGAGGCUAACACACGAGAUUGUACAGAGAAUAAGUGCGAAAUGGUUGGCGAAACAGAAAUCUGUACACAAUGCAAGACGGGCGGAAAUGUUCCCAUUGAUGGAGUGUGUAAGGCGGUUGCUGAGGCCGCCAAUAAGUGUACGAAGAGCGAUGACAAUCCGGUAGGCGCAGGAGAUACGACUUGUGGAAAAUGCGUAAACGCAUACUUCAUGUACAAAGGCGGAUGUUAUCUGGCCGGUGCAGCUGGACCGGGUACUGGUACUAAAAUGUGCAAGCAGGCUGCUGGUGGCAAGUGUACGCAAGCUGCUGAUGCGAAGAACUACUUCAUUCCACCAGCAAAUACAGACGAUACUCAUGAUUCUGUCGUUUGGUGCGGUGAUGAAAUAGGCGUAACACUUAGUAGUACUCAGUAUAAGGGUGUUGCUAAGUGCCUAGUAUGUGAUGCUCCCGGUGGGGCUGGUGCUGCAACGUGCACAACCUGUGAAGACGGGUACUUUGGUGCUACUUGUAAAAAAUGCCAUGAAAGUUGUAGGACAUGUGAAGCUGCAGAAGAGAAUAAGUGCAAGUCGUGUACAGAUGGCUACUUCCUUGGAGCAACCAAUGGAGCCGCAGGUAAGUGCCUUAAGUGUAACUCUAAAACAGAGGAAGGCUGGCACGGAGUUGACAACUGUGCUAAGUGCACGUCAUCUAAUACGCAAAACACCCCUGCGACAUGCACUGAAUGCGUUGCAAAUUUCUAUCUAAAACCAGCCGCGGGUGCAACUCCUUCUAGUUGCGUCACAGAAACGGGGUGCGGUGACGGAUACUUCCCAACUAUUGUUGAUGAGAUCAAGAAAUGUAUCGCUUGCGGUACAGCUGCAAAUGGUGGCAUAGAUGACUGCAAAAAGUGUUCUCUCAAAACAACGUCUGCGAAGGCAGGAAUAGAGAUCGUAUGCACUGAAUGUAAUACUAAAUGGCUCAGUCCUCUAGGAGACGCAUGUUUGGAUAGCUGUCCUCCUGGAACACAUGCUGAUUCUGGCAAUAUUUGUCCUUUAUGUCAUAGCACAUGUGCAGAGUGUGAUGGCAAUGCAGAAGCCACAUCGUGCAGAGCAUGUUAUCCCGGAUUUGUGCUGAGUUAUGGCAGCGAUAAAGUCAGAGGCACAUGUAUUCAAGAAUGUACCGGCAAAUACGCAGAAAAUUGUGAAGAAAAUAUGUGUACGGCUGUCCUUGGAGGCUCCAAGUAUUGUAGCAAGUGUAAGGCCGGAUUCGUUCCAAUAGAUGGUGUCUGUGUAUCGACAGCUUCACGAGCAGUAACCGGAUGUACGCCAGGAAAUGGAGUAUGCAUUGCAUGUACAGACUCAUACUUCUUACAGUCUGGAGGAUGCUAUCAGUCGACAGUGUUUCCUGGUAAUAAGCUGUGUACACUAGCUAGUAAUGGAAAGUGUACAGCAUGCUCCAACGGGCAAACAGCAGAUGGUCAAGGUUCGUGCCCAGCGUGUAAUGCCAUCUGUGCAACAUGUGCGGCAGGAAAUAUAGACCAAUGCCAAACUUGCUUCCCUGGAUACUAUAAAUCCGGAACUAAGUGCGUAAAAUGUAGCAUUACUGACAACGGAAUAACUGGUGUAGAGAACUGCAUAAGCUGUGCCCCUCCAGCUGGUAAUAGUGGUCCUGUCACUUGCUAUAUGAAGACAGAUGACACUAACGAUGGUGGUAACGACAACAACGGCGGAAGCACGAACAAGAGCGGGCUCUCCACAGGGGCCAUCGCGGGGAUCUCCGUGGCUGUGAUUGUUGUUGUAGGUGGUCUCAUAGGCUUCUUGUGUUGGUGGUUCAUAUGUAGAGGGAAGGCGUAA